GACACGCUACCUUUUCCACUUCCACUCUUUGUUCAUUUUUCUUUCUCUAUACUUUCUGCACUAUCACUACUCUCUACUAAUUAAUUACUUUAAUUACUUCAAUAAUCUAUAAAAAUACCAGAGAUACCACACUUUAUUUCUAAACCGGGAAGAAAUCAUCUUUCAAUUUUUUUGAUUAUGAUGAUGGGUGAAAACAGAGGAAGUAAUACUAAUAAUGAUGAUGAUGAGAAGGUGGAAGUGAAUAUAUAUCCUCUUAAUUCUUACUAUUUUGGAUCCAAAGAUUCUAUUCCUUCUAAAGAUCAUUCACUUCAUCAUCGUCUUCGAAGGAUCAAAUCCAACUUUGAUGCCCGUGGAAUGCGAAUUUGUGUGGAAGCUGUUAUGAUGGUUGAAUUGUUCAAACAUCCUCAUUUGUUGCUGUUUCAAAUAAAAAAUUCCAUCUUUAAACUUCCCGGUGGCCGUUUAAGGCCAGAUGAAUCAGAUAUCGAUGGAUUGAAGCGUAAGCUCGCAAGGAAGCUUUCUCUCGAUGAAGAUGGUGUUGGGGCGGAAUGGGAGGUGGGAGAGUGCCUUGGAAUGUGGUGGAGACCUGAUUUUGAAACAUUAAUGCACCCCUUCUUACCACCUAAUGUCAAACAUCCAAAGGAGUGUACGAAACUCUUCCUUGUAAAGCUUCCGGAAAGUCGAAGGUUCACUGUGCCAAAGAACAUGAAGUUGCUUUCAGUCCCAUUGUGUCAAAUUCGUGAAAAUCAAAAGACAUACGGGCCAAUUAUAUCUGCGGUACCGCAGCUACUCCAAAAAUUCUCUUUCAACAUGAUUGGAAUUUAAUCUUUAGCCCAACUUGCUAUCAUGCGCGGUAGCAAUCUCAUUAAGCAGCCGAUUCCGAUCUUCACUGGGAUUCCAGAAAAGGGAAAAGGAGUUGUAAAUAUCAUAGAUUUUUAUACAAAAAUGAUACUAUAAUGUUGAAAACAUAUAAAUUUUGAAUUGUUACUGUGAAAUCUUCAUCCUAGUAAAAGAGUUUCUAUCA